AUCGCGUCUGUCUGUAAUCUCGCGAGAGUUCCCGCCUCUGCUCGGCGUGUGAAGACGCUCCAGCUGAGGGAGGGACAGAAAAAUCAAAAUGUCUGCUCCGAAAACCAUCCCUAAAGACGCUCAGGUGAUGAUCCAGAUCCUGAAGGACAUGGGGAUCACAGAGUACGAGCCCCGAGUCAUCAACCAGAUGUUGGAGUUCACCUACAGAUAUGUGACGACUAUCAUUGAGGAUGCCAAAAUCUACGCCACACACGCCAAGAAGUCCACGGUGGACGCUGACGACAUCAAACUCGCCAUCCAGUGUCGCAUGGACCAGUCGUUCACCUCUCCGCCGCCACGAGAUUUCUUGUUGGAGGUGGCGAGGCAGAAGAACCAGACUCCUCUCCCGCUGAUCAAACCGUACACAGGACCCCGUCUUCCUCCAGACCGCUACUGUCUGACAGCGCCCAACUACAGACUGAAGUCGGUCCAGAAGAAGGUGUCCACAUCCGCUGGCAGGAUAACGGUGCCUCGCCUCAGCGUCGGCGCCGUCUCCAGCAGACCGAGCACGCCGACCCUCGGAACUCCGUCGGUCCAGUCCGUCACCACUAAAGUCGGAACUCCGGUGUCUCUGACAGGUCAGAGGUUCACUGUGCAGAUCCCACCACCUUCUCAGACCACCACCACCAAAACCACCACACCGUCCACGCCUGCCGUCUCCAAUGUCCUCAUCAACCCGUCUCUUAUCGGCUCCAAGAACAUCCUCAUCACUACCAACAUGGUGUCGCAGAACACUGGCGGAGACUCGCUGAAGAGGAAGCACGAAGACGAAGACGACUACGAUGCUUUAUGACGACGGUCUUUUUAAUAUAAACCCGACACCGGGGCCUGGUCCAGGUCGUGGUCUUGUUACGAACUCAUACUGUUUUCUAGAAUGUUUGUUUAACCAGAGAAGUAGACGACACUCACCCUCCUUCUUCACCUGCAGUCGACCAGUUCAGCCAGUCUGCUGACAGGAAGUAGAACGUGCUCUGAUGUCCCACUGAUUCACAAUAAACUGUUUUCAAAAUAAAA